AUGCUUAUGAUCCCUUUUCCUCAAUUCUAUCGACACUUAGACGAUUUCAAGGGGCAACUGGUGUUCUUGAGAAAUCGAGGGCUUCUGAAAAGUGAAAAUAGAAAGACAGAGAAAAAGUCAGCUUUUGAAGGAAAAAAUGAAAAAGAGAAUAUGCACGAAGUAAAAACUCAACGAAAAGAUGAUACGCUGGCGUUCAUACAGAGGUUCAAGGAGGAAGCUCUUAUUCCCAUGAAGGAAGACAUCGCCGACUGGAUAUCCCUCCUCCUUGCUCCUCAAAAAACCUCGCCAGAAGAACUCCUUUCCGCCCUAUGCACUGGAGUUCUUGCAUGUCAAAUCGCUCGAAAACUCUCCUCCCAAGUCAAUCUCGACUUCGCCGCGCCGAAGGUCAACGAAAAGGCAAAAGUAGGAACGUUCUUUGCCCGAGACAAUGCUGCAAAUUUCCUGACUUGGUGCAGAAAACUCGGAGUUAGCGAAAGUCUCUUGUUUGAAUCUGAUGGCAUGUGCUCGAAUGAAGUCUCGCAGCAAACGCCGAGGCAGGUUUUGCUUUGUUUUUUGGAUGUUGCAAGGAUUUUUGGAAGGAGAGCGGACUACAAGGGUGCUUUGCCGGAUUUGGUGAAAUUUGAACAGGAAAUUGACAACGCUUCCGUCAGCUCUUCCGAUACAGUCACUUCUUGUGGUCGAGCAUCAGCUCCUCCAGUUAUCAGAACUCCGACAACCACUCCCAGUCGGCCUGGCUCCUCCAAAACCACACCUAGCAGCGUCACACCUCGAAGAAACUCAAAAGCAACGACGGGCAUAUCCGGCCCGUCCCCAAGAACUUCAAAGACUGCUCGACCAAAAACGGCAACUCCGAAGUCGGCGUUGAAAACAAAGCUAGACACGAGUAUCGAUGAAGUUGUCCAAAGCGAGCCAUUUUACGGAGGCCCGGAAAUUCAACGAGUUUCAGAGGGAAAAUACCGUAUCGAUGGCAAGCUGGUGUUUAUCAGAAUGCUGAAGGACAAGCACGUCAUGGUGCGAGUCGGCGGCGGGUGGGACACGCUCGCCAAUUAUUUGCUCAAGCACGACUGUCAGAAUAUGAUCCGUUUGCCGACUCCUACCAGGCUUUCCAAGCAAAUAACACCUGUUCGGCUGGAGCAGAAAGAUGGAGGGUAUUUGUUCCCGAUUUCGCCAAGGUAUAAAUCUGGAUCGCCGAGUCCUCUCAAACCGAGAAAGCAAAGCGUAAGCAAUAAAACCACUCCUAAGAGCAAAGAAAAAGUGUAA